AUGCGUGUCACACGGCCCAUCAUCCCGUUAACCUCUCUGGCCAUUCCGACGCGUCGUAUUCCAUCCCGCGACAUCUCGUGGGUGCUAUUCCACAUCCGUCCCGCUGCCACGCACGCGCACUCCCCAGGUGGGUGUGCCGUUGCAGAACUUUUCUCGCACCCGUCGCGCCCCGCCCUGUCGAAGCCUCUCCUGUCGCUGUGCAUCGCCGUCGCUCCUCUCAAGUCCAUGGUUUGUCGCGAAGACGUACGGGCUGCCGACAUAGAGGUGGUCGACGACGAACUCGACACCGAAGACCUCGAAGCUGCCGGCUGUGCCGUCUGCGCGAGUGAGGCGCACCGCCCUCGUCCCCCUGCGCGUUUUCCCGAGAAUCGGACGCUCCGGGCUCAGUAUGAGCUUGUGUCGGUGAACAAUGCCGGCUUGGCUGCUCACGCUUCCGUGUUGCACGAUCGGAACCUCGCUCUCCUUCACCGCGCCCGCGAAGAUUAUCAGGCGGGUUUGGUGAUGCUUGAGCAGGCGCUCUUGUCUCGCGCGCGCACGGAGCAGGCUAACGUCGACCUCGAAGACCGCGUACGCGGCCUCCGCGAUCAGGCCGGACGCGUGGAUGCGGCCGAGACCCAGCUCCGGGUGUUCAAGGCUUCGUCGGUUGAGGAUUACCACGCCCUCCAGGACCAGCUCGCCGCCUCUCAAGCGCAGCGGGACGACGCGCGUGCUGAGCGCGACGACCUGUGUACUCGGCUAGCUGCUGCGGAAGCUGCCCUCGUCCCUGUCCAGGCUCAGCUCGACGCUGCCGUAACGCAGCGAGAUCGGGUGCGACAGUCUGUCGCCCGUCGAGAGCGACAACGUGACGGCGCCCUCGCCGAACGUGACCAAGCACGUCGGGAUCUCGUUGCGCUCGAGCAGGAGCGUAACGCGGUCGUCGGGGAGCGCGAUCAGGCUCGGCAGGAGUCCCUCACUCUGGAGCAAGGUCGUGACGCUGCAGUCCGUGAGCGCGACCAGGCACGUCGAGCCCAGGCGGGAGUGGAACAGCAGCGCGACGCUCUGGUUGAGAAUCUGCGCGUCACUCGCAACUCGCUUGCUCAGAGUCAAGCUGAGACUGAGUCCACCCGGCGGCUGAACGACCCGCUGCAUGCCGACAUCCGGCGCGUGAAUGCGUUGCUGGUUGCCCACGCCGAGGAGCUCCAGCGCGAGACGGCUCGCAUACGCGAGCUGGAGGAGACAGCCGCGGCUGCCUCGACUACACGCGUGGUCGCAGAGGCAGAGACGGCCCGCGACCAGGCUAAUGAGCUGCAGGCUGCCUCGCGAUCCGGGCAGUAUCGCACCGGCUGGUUGGCCAUGCGGCGUCGGUCGCUGCAGCGAGGAGAUACGGCCGGCGCGCACAUCCGCCGUCUGAGCGUCCGCGUCGCCGACCUGGCUGACGAACGCGAUCUAGCGGUCCGGGAGCGUGACGAGCGUGCGGUGGUCUGGAGGCGCAUGCUUCGAGACGCGCUCCGGAGCCGAGAGUUGGCUCAGCGCGUGCGCGACGACCUGGCCGGUAAACUGGCCAACUCCGUUUCGUCGGUAGGCGGUACCAUCGACACCGCCGACUUGAUCCGCCACCUCGAAGCUACCUACGCAGCGGAAGUGAACGCUGCCAUUCCCCUUCCUCCUGCCGAUCUCGCCGGGGCCACGCCUGUGGCUGUGUCCGUCGCGUCGCCUCCUGUUGUUGUCGCUGGGUCGUCCGGGUCAGCCCCCAGCUCUGGCACCGUACCUUCGUCGAGUGUUUUGGCUCAGCAGCCGUCUUCCUCUGUCGGUACUCCGGCCCCUGUUCAGGUUCCGGUGUCUCCCUCGGCUUCGUCAUUGGCUCCCGGCGACCUCCACGUCGAGUUCUUCGCCACGGCGUCGGAGCCAGCGGGCUUCUACAAGGGCUGA